CUAGGGCUCUCAUCACACCACUGUCCCCGUUCCUGCCAAUGGUUGCUGAAUCUUGCUGAUGGAGUGGCUGCCUUCCGCGCCUUCCUGAAGACGGAGUUCAGUGAAGAGAACCUGGAGUUCUGGUUGGCCUGUGAGGAGUUCAAGAAGACCAGGUCAACCGCCAAACUGGUCUCCAAGGCCCAUAGAAUCUUUGAGGAGUUUGUGGAUGUGCAGGCUCCGCGGGAGGUAAACAUAGACUUCCAGACCCGAGAAGCCACAAGGAAGAACAUGCAAGAGCCAUCCCUGACUUGUUUUGACCAAGCCCAGGGCAAAGUACACAGUCUCAUGGAGAAAGACUCUUACCCCCGGUUCCUGAGGUCCAAAAUGUACUUAGAUUUGCUGUCCCAAAGCCAGAGGCGGCUCAGUUAGAACUCAGAUGGGGACUCUUGGAGAUCACCGGCUUCCCCCUCCCCUUGCUGCCAAGACCAUAUUCUAAUGUGAAGUGUCAUAGGUGUUCAAAAGCAGUGGCGAUUAGGUUGGGAGGCCAGGAGUAAGGAACAGAUGAAGGGCCAUUCCAAAGUCUGAUCCAGCCACCAGAGCUCGGACUCUGUCCUACCCCAUUUACCCAUGUUUGUGUUUUGGUUAGUGGUAGUACACUGUCACCCUUC